AUGGAUGCCGAUGCCAACCGAUCGCAAUCGUCUUUGGAAUCGAUGAUCGAAAGACUGCUCCAAGACAACCAGCGACUAGGCAAGCGACUGCGCAAUCUUGAAGACACAUUCGAUGCCAUGAGUAUUGUAACAAGGGACAUGGACAAUAGCAGCCUCGCACCCGAAGCAGACAACGCAACGAUAACUUCGUCGCGACCUUCCGCAAGUAAUCGUGUCUCGAUUCUCGAAGCGGUCAAAGUACGCUUCGCAUUUGACGAGGAUUUGCAAUCAUCACGCGUGUAUCGCACGAUGCAGAACAGGAAUUGCGACCAUUCUAUGGUCAGUUCUGUGAUCCGCACGCAGACUUGGUCAAUAUUUUCGGGUCUAUCGCUUGCAGAUAUCUCAGUCAUAUCCGUUAUUGCUCUACCGCUAUAUCCUGAGGAUGUCCGAGGCCACUCGGAAUAUUACCAAUUCGGCCAAACAGAGUCUGCUGAGAUCACAGCAACUUGGACACAUGCUCAGGUCAUCGUGGAGGCAGGCACUUCUGGUGAAAACAAGAAGACUCUCCCUGGACAUAAGGAGUCAAGCUCGAUGGUAUCAACUCCUACCAGUUUGUAUCCUUUAGUACUUCCAGAGAUUCCUAUGACUGUUCUCGAACUGGAUCCGCCAUUCGAGCUAGAGAACGAGGAGCAAGGCUCCACCCCAGUGAAGUCACCCGGCGUACAUGAUAAAACUCUGCAACGCUUGGAAGGACCUCCCAAUCAUUCGCUAGGCAUCCCCGAGGAGGAUGCAUCAUCGAGCAAGGCUACGGGAACAGAAGCUGGUUUGUCUGGAGAAUCCCUCUCACCAUCUGGCGAUGCACGUGACGCGUUGCUUGACGACGGCUACGAAUCGCUUCCCGAUGGAGAUUAUUACUGCAAAGGUUGCGGGGAAAUCCUCGAAGAGGGUAAAGCUUACGAGUUAGGUGAGUAA